GUGUGCAAGUCACUCAUGAGCAUCAAAGAAGAUUCAUUAUCCUAGGUCUGAAUUUUUGUUUGGAAAAGAAGCACAAGGUGGUUCCCUUCCAGACCUGUAACCCAUGGUCAUAGUUUUUGGGUGCGCUGGAAGCAGAUUGCGUGUGAUCCUCUCUGCACCACGCUCCUGGCUUGAUCCAGAGGGCAAGAAGAAAUAAUGGUGACAACAUACAGAAGGACUGGGGUGCUCAUGCCCUUGCAUUGCUAAACACCAGUUACCGCCCCUUUCCCUUGCCUCUGCCCCUUAUUUUCAUUUUGCUGUGGACCUGAGAUUUGGGGUUGUUGUUUUUUUUCCAUCCUGAUGAGGGCACCAUUGCAGACCAUGAUGUGCCUGGGGUUGUGGGCAGCAGCUCUGCUCUGCUUCUUUUCCCCUGGCACUGUGCGAGGUGACUGCUGGCUGAUUGAGGGGGACAAAGGUUAUGUGUGGUUGGCCAUCUGCAGCCAGAACCAGCCCCCAUAUGAGACCAUCCCCCAGCAUAUCAACAGCACAGUGCACGACUUGCGUCUGAAUGAGAAUAAGCUCAAAGUGGUGCUGUACUCUUCCCUCAAUCGCUUUGGCAACCUGACUGAUUUGAACCUGACCAAGAAUGAAAUCUCCUAUAUCGAGGAUGGAGCUUUCAUGGGCCAGUCAAACCUCCAGGUCUUACAGCUGGGCUACAACAAACUCACCAACCUGACAGAGGGCAUGUUGCGCGGCAUGGCUCGUCUCCAGUUCCUCUUUGUGCAGCACAACCUAAUUGAGCUGGUCACCCCUACUGCCUUCUCUGAGUGCCCCAGCUUGAUUAGCAUUGACCUGUCAUCUAAUCGUCUCAGCCGUCUGGAGGGGAACACUUUCACCAGCUUGAGCAAUCUGAUGGUGUGCGAGCUGGCUGGCAACCCCUUCAACUGUGACUGUAGCCUCUACAGCUUUCUUAACUGGCUGGCACUCUUCAACAAUGUCACCAAGAACUACGAUCGGCUCCAGUGUGAGACUCCACGGGAGUUUGCUGGGUACCCACUGCUGGUACCUCGGCCUCACCAUAACCGCAAUGCCAUCACCAUCUUUCAGUCUAUGUGCAGAGGUGGCACUAUCCCCUCCCUCUCCAGGGUCAACCCCACCCCUUAUACCCCUGACUCUCAGCGAGACCUGGAUGAGGGCUCAGCCAUCAGCCCUGGGGACUUCCUUUCAGUCAAGCCUCCAGCCUCCUCCACCACUGACUCUUCCUUCAGUCCCAGCAUCAAGCUCCAUGAUGUCACCAUCACCUCAGCCAUCCUGAUGGUAACCAUCCCCAUGCCCUACAGUAAGAUGUAUGUGCUGGUCCAAUACAACAACAGCUACGUUUCUGACAUAGCAACACUGAAGAGCAAGAAGGAAUAUGUCACUGUCAACAAGUUGAAGGCCCACACUGAUUAUACUUUCUGUGUGGCCUCCAUCCGUAACAACAGGCGCUACAACCACACUUGCCUGACCUUUGCAACCAGGAGCAAAGGCAGGGAGGACCCUAUUUCCAGUACUUCCACCACCACACACUAUAUCAUGACCACCCUGGGUUGCCUCUUUGGGAUGGUCAUUGUCCUCGGGGUGGUGUACUACUGCCUGCGGAAGCGGAGGAUGCAGGAGGAGAAACAGAAGUCCCUCAAUGUCAAAAAGACCAUUCUUGAAAUGCGUUAUGGGUCAGAUAUUGAUACCAGUACCAUGGUCCAUCCUUCCCAGAAGCUAGGUGAACCACCAGUCAUCCCUGUUUCACGGAUGUCCUCCAUCCCUUCCAUGAUUGGGGAGAAGUUGCCCCCAUCAAAGUCAAUGGAGGCUGGGAUGGAGACUCCUAAAGUCACCACUAAGGGUAACUACAUUGAGGUGAGGACUGGUGGUGGGGAUGGGCUAGAGCGAACCCAGCGCGAUGAGGAUCUGAGAGAGCUUGACAACGGGCAAGGCUCAGCUGCUGAGAUCUCUACUAUAGCCAAGGAGGUAGACAAGGUCAACCAGAUCAUCAACAACUGCAUUGAUGCCCUCAAGCUGGACACAGCCUCCUUCCUGGGUGGUGGGACCGGUGUUGACUCAGACAUGGCCUUUGAGUGCCAGUCUAUCCCAGCCAGUUCCUCAGGUGGGCUAGAACGGCCCAGCUUUCUUUCCCCACCCUACAAGGAAAGCUCCCACCACCCUUUGCAGCGUCAGCUCAGUGCUGAUGCUGCUGUGGCCAGAAAGACCUGCAGUGUCUCCUCUAGUGGCUCCAUCAAGAGCGCCAAGGUCUUCAGCUUGGAUGUGCCUGACCACCCACCACUCAGCAAGUCUGACUCCAAAUACAUUGAGAAGGGCAGCCCACUCAACAGCCCUUUGGAUCGUCUUCCCUUGGUGUCUCCGGGCGCCAUCCACCACUUGGAGGUCAAGCCUUCUUAUCAUUGCAGUGAGCACCGUCACUCCUUUCCGGCCUUGUACUACGAGGAAAGUGCUGACACCUUGAGCCAGCGGGUGUCAUUCCUCAAGCCACUUUCCCGAUCCAAGCGAGACUCCACGUACUCCCAGCUCUCCCCCAGACACUACUUCUCAGGCUACUCCUCAAGCCCUGAGUACUCAUCAGAAAGCACCCACAAGAUCUGGGAGCGAUUCCGGCCUUACAAGAAGCACCAUAGGGAGGAGGUUUACAUGGCAGCUGGGCAUGCUCUGCGGAAGAAAGUUCAGUUUGCCAAGGACGAGGAUCUGCAUGACAUCCUGGAUUACUGGAAAGGAGUCUCUGCUCAGCAGAAGCUGUGACUUUCCCUCACUCUUUACAAGGAGACAAUAAAAAAACAAGACCCCCCCCCCAACAACCAGAAAAAAAUGCCACUUGACUGUGAAAAAUAAACCGACAACAAAAUACUACAGACAAAUACAAAACUGACAAAAUUGUUUCUUAAAGUUUACAGCAACAGAAAACUCUGACACAUACAGGCACACACAGACACAGACACACGUAUGCCGAAUUGUCUCUACUGUGUUAUGGGGACCAUUGUUCCGCCUGCAGAUGGUUGGGAUGAGUGUACUGCUCUGACGCUGUGGUAACAACGCUGGGGUGCAGGUGGGUGGGUAUGGCUUAGGAGGGGGUGGCAGCAGUGGCAGAAGAAAAGCAGGGAUGGACACUCAUUGGGCAUGAAACUCAGCUGUGAACUACUGUUUUUUUCUGUUCCUGUUGAAGGCUGUUUUUUCUUUUGGGUGAGAGGGGAGAAUUUUGGUUUAGAAAGCUUCUCUGCCCAUCUGGUACACCUAGUUUUCCAAAUCUUCCAACUUUUUCCCCUAUUUCCUCUGGCAGUGAAGGCUUUUCUUUCUCUCUUGUCCCGUUCAAAGACAGAUGGGAUUUGUUGGAAGAAGUUCUCUUGCUUCGUUUCCAUUUCCUCUUCCCUAUCCUUGUCUGUUAGACCUCCCUAGGCUUGCACUUUCUGUAUAGAUACUUCAUGAAUAUCCAUCCUCCCUGGAGGAAGGAGAGGAAGUGCAAUGGACUGCAGGAGGUAGGACCUGUCACACAAGAGGCUCUGUGCCCUUGCUGCUUUUCCUCUUGACCUUCUCCUGUCAUGUUUUUGCUGAUGAACACCAGCAAUUCUAGAAUGAUGGGCGUUGUCCAGGCCUGCCCAGAGCUGUUUUUCUACCAGCUGGUGAGGGCGUAUACAUGUGCUCUUCAGCAUGCCAAUCCAGGUCCUCAAAGAGUGCUGGAGGAAAAGGCAGGAAGGUCUGAUCUCACAGAGGGGUAAAGGAUUCCCCUCUCUCCACAAGUGUCACAGGUCAGAGGUCUUCCCCUCAAGACAUAUCUGUGCUCAGGCUGCCCCUGUGCACUAGGUUUGGUAUUCUCUGUUCAUGCCUACUUUACAAUAAGGAAGGGAGUUGGAGGGGAGCUGAGCAAAACAAGUUCUACAUGAAGGUUCUUCAGCUCUUCCCAACUGACUUGCACCAUGGAGUGUGGAGUGUGACCGUAUGCAUAAGAAGAGCAACACCCAACCUCCUCACUUCCAGUCAACAACAGGAUUUCAGUUACCUCACUGGGUUCACAGAAAACCACCAAGUGGCUUCCUCGUGAAUAGGCCAUGGACUUUCUUGCAAGGAUAGGAGGCAGUCUAGGGUGAAGGUAGGAGUGUAGGAAACAAAAGGGAUGUGAGAAUGGGGCCUGGGAGUAACCCAAGAGGGAUGGCUCCAGAAGAAACUCCCUUUGUGUGUGCAGGCACACUGUGUGCUGGGAUAGAAGAGGAUACCAGCCUCUGGAUGGCAGUGCCCCUUGGAAUACUUAAAGGCCCUCAUGAAAGUCAGAACAACUUAUCACCUCCUAAAUCCACUACAUUUUCACAGUUAGCUGUGACCAACUUUAUUAGAGAUCCUGUGAUUUCUUGGCAAAAACCUGGUUUCACUUGCUAGGUCCCAACUUCUGUGCCUUGGGUAGAAGAUCUGCCACGGAGUUGGGAACGAGCCUACUGCCCUCUCCACUUUGUACUGUUUCUGAGGAGCCAAACAAAGCACAAUCUUGGCACCACCUCCCACAAAGUUUUCUUGUCAGGCAGGGGUGCUGCUUGCUGAGUGUGUCUUGAGGAAGCACAGUGGCCUCCUCUCCAUGAGCUGCACACCCCAAUUCUUGACAGUUUCUCACUUCUGUCAGGAUGAAGGUGACGGCCUGUGUCAUGUUGACUUUUCCUAAGUGGCUAUUUCAGUUUUGAGGCAGUCCUCAGAAACGCCAGUGUCUUUGGAGGCCCUGGUGGAAGCAUGAGGGUAUAGGAGCUUCUCUGGGAGGGAUUUACAUGCUGCCUGCAGAGAACCUGCCCAUGAUCUGUCAGGUAGUAACACUCGUGUCUGUGAGAGCUGGUUUCUGUGCCACAGGGGGCAUUACUCCAUCUUCUGUAAGUGAUGAGCAGCAGUGCGUAGAGCCUGGUGUGCAAAAGCCGGAGUGGACUUCCCCAAAGUCUAAACCUGUGAAGAUCUUCAAGGUUUCUUCCUGGUAGGGAUGCUGAUGGCAACAAUCCUAAGCUAGAUCUUGAUCCUGUUCUUUGGCUCAGCCUCCUUCACUGUCAGCCUGCUUUCCCACAGUAAAAGCAUUAUUUUGCCCGGAGUUCAGAGGUAUUCAUGGGAUGGACUCCACAGUGUAAGAGCCAGUCCAACCCAGAGGAAAGCAUGUGUGUGCACACGUGUGUGUGUGCAUCCGUGUGUGUAUGUGCAGCAAGAUGAAAGGAAGUCGCUUCACUGCUGCCUGGCAUCCCUCCAUGUUGGGACAAUGCAGCAAAUCAAGACAGGUAAAUGCUGUGAGAGGUCCUUAGGCAGAGCAGAGACCUCUCCCACUACCAGAUGGAGCAGCAGACCCAGCUGUCUUCCAGCAUGGCAAUGAUCCAGGCAGGAAAAAACUAAUGGCUGGGGCGCAGAACUGGACAGGAAAAGAGGGGUAACAGGCAACGGGGUGGGAGUGGAAUUCUAUACCUCUCCCCACCUCUUCCCUCCCUGUGCUUCUCUGCUGUAUGGUCUUGUAAUACGUUCUGCUCAGUCUAUACUUUUUGAGGGAGCAUUAUUCUGUUAUGCUUUCUGCUCUCUCUCCUCAUCGCCCCAAUGAGGCAGAAAAGAAAGGUCAAGGAUACAGUUAUCAUUGGGCCCUUCUUUUGCCUGUGGUGGGGGUAAGGAUGGGUAGGAGGCAGAAGCCCUUUCUCUCCCAGCUGUAGCCCCCCACUCCAGACCAGUGGGUGAAGUUUGCACAAGACGGACUGUUCUGUGGGAGGAAGAGGGCAAGGGAGGGGAACAAAGUGCCCCACCUUCCUUUCUCCUCCUUUCUUCCUUGUCCUGCUCCCUCCCCAGGGAUGAGGGCUCACAAAGUGAUGCCAGCCCUGUUGGAGGAAAGCAGAUUUAACGUUCUAUUUGCAUGACGAUUUUACUGUAUUUUUCUGAGCAAACACCUGUUGUGUAUGUGCCAGUUUGUUGGAAUUUAAUCUCUUCCCUCAAAGUCUCUCCUGUCCUUGUCCCUGUUUUCCCUCCUCCUUUCAUUCAUCCCUGAUGUGAUUUUAUGAGAGACUCCUACCAGUUUGGGAGAGAACACGCCCCAAAGAGAACCCAAUCCAAUCAGCCCCAUAAAAAAACAUCCCUUCUUUUCAGUGUCCCCUUCUCCUGUCCCAAAUGUGGUCUCUCAGCUGCUUUUCAGAGUCAUGUGUCUGAAGGGGGAUGUGUUAUAUACCAAAGGCCUGCUCUUUCUACUGGCCAUCAUUUCUCCUAAUUAUUUAGACACGGGAGUGAGGCCAUCACUACCAUCCCCACGCCCUGGUUGCUCUUUCUCCAAAUCUACAAGCAAGGCUGUUCUUGGGGGAACAAGGAGUGCUUCAGCUGCAGAGAAACCUCUCAUACAGUGAAAACUUGAUGUGGAGCUGGUUGCAAUCACUAGAAGACCUCUCACCACCUUCCUCUCAUUGACUGCAUGGAGCUCUGGAUUAGGUUUCUCCUAGCCCUCAUCUCCCGUGUGUGGCCCUGGCAGAGUGCAGGGCAUGAUGAAACCUCUGUCGUGGGAAAAGUGUGAAGAGACUGUCUUAACUUUCUAAGCCCUCUCUGGCUUGGCUUUGGCAAGCGUCCAUCCUCCGUGCUUUCUCCCAGGGCAAAGUUGGUCCAUAGGGCAGAAACAGGACCAGCCUCUUUCACACUCUAUUUCUGGAUUGCUGACUAUCGGCAGGGAAAACACGGGGUUUAGUUCACCUUAUUGGAAAACAUAGAGGGUGAGGAAUUAAGUUAGGUGCAGACCAGCUCUCUGUCACUAGGACAGGUUUGGAGGAAGCCUGGGCUGUUCCUUCACCCAGAAGAGUGACGAUGAGAGCACAGGUGUGCUGUUCUGAGAGCCUGUUCCCAUAGAGCAGAGCUUUUCUCCAUCCCUGCUGGUGCUGCACCAGCUCAUGCUAUGGUGCCAUGUUCCCCUCUCCCUCUCCCCAAUCUUCCAUGCUGAAUAAAUCCCUCCUGAGGCAGGUGUGAAAUAUUCAUGACUGACAAAUGAAGAUUUAUGUCGGUCUGAGGAGCCCUCUGUGUGUUUGCAAUGCUAAUCAGCCUGCCUUCCUGGAGGAGGCUCUGCCAGGAAGCCUUGGGAGAAGGGGGAGAUAGGAGGAGGGAAGGGGGAAAAGAAGCUGAGGAAGGGUGAGGAGAAGCAGAUGCAGAGAGGUUGAGGAGGGUGUGGUGGGAAAAAGAGAGUGGGGAGGCAGGAAGGAGACAGGUAGAGGGAGAAGGAGAGGGUGGAGAAGAGGGACAUGCUAGAAGGACCAGGGGAAGAGAUGGCUUCGAUAGGAAAAAAGGGAUGGUAAAGGGAGGAAGGGACCAGCAAGAGAAAGAGCUGAGUGCAGCAAUGGAAGCUCUCUGAGAGGAGGUGGGGAGUAAGUUAGCAGUGCCUGAAGAAAAACGCUGGGCAGAAUUCAUGAUGAGCUGUGGCCCCUCUGUGUAGGGCAGAGCUCAGCGCUACAGGGCGGGCAGCUGCCACAUGGGCAGGAGCUGGACCCAGGGCCCUGAAAGUGCAUUUGCCAUGUUUGUUGCUGACCGUAAAGCUCAGCUGCAUCUCGAAGAACACAUGGCCUCCAGGAGCCUGGGAAAUGCCUCUUCCACUGCCACCAUCUCCUUCAGCACAAGCCGCACACAAGAAGAGCCUCAUGGAGGUGUAAUCCUCUUGCUGGAGCCAGCCUGAUGCUGUCCCACCAUCUGAGCAGGACAGAGCUGCUUCAGGGUGGCGUGAUGUGGGACGGACACUGAGGGCCACCCGCCACUGGGCUAUGGGGGUGUCUCAUAGGACUGGUUGAGACUGCCCCAUCUCAGCUGCUCGCUGUCCACCCUGACUGAGGCAGGUGUUUUUGAGUCUUUCCCCGAAAAAGGGGCAGAGGGGAGUAUCUGUUGCCUCCCCCCUACACAAGCACGCACUCCUACACCCCAUCCCUCCAGCUGCUUUGGCCUUGUACUGUGAGGGGCAUUCUUGGUCUGCCUCCUCUUGACUUCCCCUGCUGCGCGCCAUUAGGAGAUGUCUACCUCUCCGCGCACAGUCCCACCGCGGCAGCUCUGCAGGGCUGCCCCUACCCACCCUCCUGUCCCCAGGUGGAGAAAGGGCAAUCUCUGCCCAGCUUCUCCUUCUCCCACUGGGUGGGCACCUCCUUUUCUCCUUGCCCCUCCAGGAGGUAAAUCACCCCUUCCCCCUCUUGGGAUCCCCUUCUGUCUGCCCCCAUCCUCACAUCUGCCCCCCAUCGUCAUGCGUUUGGCUUGGCCUUUGCCUCCCCUAAAACCACCACCGCCACUGUGAGGCCUUGCUCUUGGGUGGUCUGCCCUGGCCACCUGCUCUCCAUCUUCCCCAAGGGGAAGAGGAAGAGUCUGGCUAGGUCAGACCAGACCCACCAGGGCUGCUACGGCUGGUCCAUCCACAAGCACAGCACCUGGGGUGAGGGGGUGGGAAGGGGCGGGCAGCUGCCGGGCACAGAGCCGGGGGUCUCAGCCCUUGAAUGUAAGGAAGGACCUGUGAGGCAGCUGCUGGGACUGGCUCCUUGUGGCCUCUUUGGUGUUCCUCCUUCUGUAACAACCCUGUGACCCCCCCGGUUGUGUAUG